AUGGGCAACAGGCAGUCCUCGGUGCCCUUGGAGGGCGAAGGACACCCGGAGGUGUUUUACCGCGGCGUGAAGGCCGCGCAGGAAGGCCGCUUCACCGUGUCGGAAGUGUACUUUGUGCAGGCGCUGACACGGCACCCCGGGCGGCGCUUCUGGGACACGUUCACAAGGGCGGUGCUGCAGAAGGAGCGCAACGCUGGUUUUGAGGGCGGCGGCGCGUCGCUGCCGAAGGACGGUGUGCAGGAGGACGUCGGCGCAGGCCCGGCCGUUGACGGUCCGCUGGGCUCGUGCAACGAUGUGCAGCCGCAGCCCGUGCGUGGGGGUAGCGUGACGGACAAGGCGGACGAGCUGCCGGGCAGCGAUGACAGGGGCGAUGGCGGCGACUCUGCGGAGCAGACGGACGCAAGGACGAACGGUGCACAGCCCGUGUACGAUACCAAGGUAGUUGACGUCUUCCUGCCGCUUGACGGGGACCUGACUCAUAUCAUGGACUACUAUCGGUUGCUCGCUGAUAUUGGGCACACGUACCUACAGCUGAUCCCCUCCACAGCGCAUGUGGAGAAGGUCACCGGGCUCGCCGCGCGCUACUGCAUCUUCACCAUCACCCACACUCAGAUGCUGCUGCACUGCCUGAUGCUGUGGAAGGAGGCCAGGCUCGGCGACGGUGGCGGCUUUAUCGACUACGCAAAGGUGCGCAACCUGAAGAUCUGCUCGGGCGCCGCGGAGCACACCGCCCAGUCAAACGCUGAUGCGCACAGCUCCAAUGAAGGGAAGCAGAAGUGGCGCACGAUCGAUCGCACGGCGUCGCUGCUUUUCACUCUUCAGCUGCUGGAGGCGAACUGCCGCUACUACUGUCUUGUCUUUCUUGCCAACUACUGUGCUCUUUUGCUGCGGAGCUACAGCUGCCUGACGGAUCAGAGAAAGGUGAAUCGCGUUCACGCCAACGUUGUGGAGCACCUGGACAUGGUGAGCCGGCUGGUCUUGGACCUCGCGGGGGAGUACCCGAACGAGUACCUGAGUCGGCUGAUCAUGGCGAACCUGCCGAAGCCGUCGAACUUCGACCGCGAGUGUCUCAGCUCGAUGGGUGCCAGCUCCCACAUGGGUAGCCAGAAGAUUCUCUCCUUUGGCAACGAUCAGCACCGCCACCUGUACGCCUCCGGCUACCCGUGGUCACCUACGCAGUCUGCGCUGAUUCCGCUGAUCCUGGCUCGCACCGUUCGUCUGACUGUUCAGGAGAACGUGAGCCGGACUUCGCAGGCGCAGCUGCGCUCCCCCGCAGAGCGCCUGAGCUACCACUACACGACGUGGAACUUUGAUAGUGAACUUGUGAUCGUGCCCGGGUGCAGCCUGUACAUGCUGAAGAAGUCGCUGCCGGGGUUUGAGCCUGGAAAGAGCACUUUUGCGCACUAUGCCACCAUGGCGGAGCAUGAGGAGCUUCACGUGCCCAGAGCAGCUGCAGAUGUCCACUGGCAGAGGGGCAGCGCUGCUGUGCCUGUGCCCGAGGACGGCGGUGGCGCAGCGCCCGGCUCACACCGGAACCCCCGGAAAUCGGAGGACAGCGCUGAUGCUGAGAAGCGGGAGGCUCUUACGAAGAAGUGCGAGGAGAGGCUCAUCAAGAAACGGCGGCACAUCAACACGGACCUCCACCUCAGCGAUGAGCGUACGUGCGUCGCUCUUUGCUUGGAGGAGGCGUGCGCCACUGCUCUCCCCUCACUACUUCUCGCAUCUAUCCUACGCAAAAUGUCUGGUAUCCCUGAGAGCGCCGAGUUCAUAAAUAAUGUGACUGACCUUGUGAUGGGACUCUACGGCUCUGACUCGAGCGAGUGGCACAUUAUAGCAUCUAUCCUGCGCAAGCAUCUGGAGGGGUAA